GGUUACGCAUUUAUAUUUGGUCUGAUGGGUCGCUCUAGUAUUGCAAUGUUGAGAUAUUUCAUUUUAUUUUGUAUUGUUUCAUGGGGUGAUUGCGGUUUCUUUGAUUUGACAGAAGUUGAUGAUCCCCUGGCACUUUUCUGGAACACAAAACAGUCAUUCAAAACCGGGGGUAUUUGUUCAGUGGUGAAUAAGGAUGGAGAAAAAAUGGAGGGCAAAUGUAUACAUGCAACAAAGUGCGUGUUGACUGGAGGAACCGCUAAUGGAAUUUGUGGUUUAGGAGGCACUUGCUGCAUCUAUGAAAGAGGAUGCAACAAAGAAACAAAUGAGAAAGUGUCAUAUUUCAGUGGAAGCUAUGAAGAAAUUAAGAACAUUAUUCAGUCUAAUAUGUGCACGUUUAAGGUCAAUCUUUUACCUAAUUCGUGUCAAGUUAGGUUGGACUUCAUACAUUUUGUGUUGAACCCACCUACUUGGAAUUCGAAAUCCGUCUACAAAUGCACCAUUGAUUCAUUGACCGUUUCACCAAAUUAUUACAAUAUACCAAUACUUUGUGGUAAUAAUAACAAGCAACAUGCUUAUAUCCAUCUGAACAGAUCGAUUGAUAACGCUGUCAGACUAAGUAUCUCCUUGACUUACACAGGCAAUUUCAAUGAGCAACGCAAGAUCACCAAUCCUUCGUGGAAUAUCAAAGUUACACAAUUGGAGUGUGAUGCAAAAAUGGAUAUAUUUCACCAUAACGAAGAAUUCCCAAGGAAGGACUUACUGAUGCAAGCACCCCUUGGAGCUAUCCAAUAUUUCACACACAUGUCUGGUAACUUCAGAUCCUUCGGACUCGACGAGAAUAUCUCUUCUGAUAAAUCAAUAGAUUAUUCGAAGAAUUCCAAUGUAUAUAUCAACAGUUUGGCUUACGCUAUUGCAUUCAAGAGAUAUCCGAGUGUUUGUGGAGUGAGAUUCACCCCUCUUUAUAUGACUCUCAAGGAAGAUGCAGGGACAUCAAAAACUUGUGAAACCGAUUAUAUUUUCGCCCCAGAAGCAACUGAUAAUUCCAAAUGGUGCAAUGCCGAAGAAGUAUCAAUUUUUCCACCUGGACCUCUUCACAUUUAUUUCAUAUCGGCUGCUACUUAUAAAACUCAACACACAAAAACCUGGGGUUUCAAUAUUGACUAUCAUCUCGAGACUUGUUCGACCCGAAUAGCCAAGAAUUAUUGAAAUGUAACUAAAAUUAAUGAUUUAUAUGCAUGAAAAAACAUACCUCAUGUUAAUAAAAAUAUUUCCAUUGUCA